ACAACGAGACGACAUCUGCCUGAUCACUUAUCUGUGCCCUACUCCGACAUAGUCAUCCACGGCAAUGGCGCCCCCAGCCAAGCCCGUUCGUCUGGUGCGGAGCCAUGCCCACGCUGGAGACAUUCCCGGCACCGUCGACCUCACAGCUGCUGAGGGCGAUGACACCGCUUAUGGGCAGGCACUGUUCCCGGUCCCAGCCUUGGAUCCCAACGAUCCGCUUCAGUGGUCAAGCGUCAAGAAAUCCCUGAUCCUCAUCGCCUGCUCGCUCUACUCGUUCCUCUCCAAUACGGCCCUCCUCGGCCCGUCUGUUUACAUCGGCAUCUACGCCGCCGAGUUCAAUGUCUCGCCCAACGAGGCAUCGGGUCUAGUCAGCUACGCAAACCUGGCCUUUGGGUUCGGCUCGCUACUCUUUGUGCCGCUCUACCACAAGUUUGGCCGACGGCCCAUCAUGCUAGUCUCUCUGCUGUUUUACUGCGGCGGCCUGAUCGGCUGCGCCCAAGCCACAUCGUUCGCGACCCUGAUGACCUCGCGCGUCAUCCACGCCUUCGGCUCGAGCGUGUGCGAGGCCCUGCCUGUGCAGCUAGUCAACGACAUAUUCUUCCUGCACGAGCGCGGCAAGCGUCUGGGCUACUACACGAUCUGCCUCUGCCUCGGCGCCACCGGCCCGCUGUACGCCGGCUACAUGCUCGAGGGCGGCUACUCGUGGCGGCUCUUCUUUUACGUCGAGUUCGCCUUUGCCGUUGCCCUGCUGAUCCUGGCCUUUUUCGUCGUGGAGGAGACGUGCUAUCAUCGCGAUGAGGCGGCUGGUGCGAGUCGCGACGUGUCCGCAGGAGGUUCGGAUGGCGAGAAGCCGCCGGUGGCGGCCGAUACUGAGGAGAACGUGGGGGUCUCGGCCGAAGAGAACAUUCCACCCCGAAAGACGUUUGCCCAGACACUCAAGUUCUGGGGGGUCUGGGAGCACGACUCGGACUUUUUCAUCAUGAUCGCGAGGUCCUUUACCUACUUUCUGGUGCCUCACGUCUUUUGGGUGGUCACCACAUAUGGCAUCUACAUCGGCCUGGGUGCCCUCACCUUCAACUUCAUCUUCCCGCUCAAGGUGGUGCAGCCGCCAUACAACUGGUCCCAGACGGACGCGGGCCUGCUCGCCGUCGCAACCGUCAUCGCCUACGUGCUGGCCUUCUUCUUCACAUCGUCGUCGGACCGGCUCGCCGCACUCCUCACCAAGCGCAACGGCGGGAUCCGCGAGGCCGAGAUGCGACUCGGGGUCAUGCUGCCGGCCAUGGUGAUUGCACCCACAGGGCUCGUGCUGUUCGGGCUCGCGGCGGAGCGGAACCUACACUGGGUGGUGUACUUUUUGGGCGUGGGCUUUACGCAGUUCGCGUCCUACUUCUACUUCACCUUCACGCUCGCUUACGCCAUUGACAGCUACCAGUCCAACAUCAGCGAGAUGCUCAUUGCUAUGAACCUGGGAAAGCAGGCCAUCAGCUUCGGCAUGGGCAUCGACUUGCUCGAGUGGGUCACGACACACGGAUACGCCGUCAUGAUUGCCGGCGUCUUCAUGACGCUGCUGCUGCUCAACAACCUGGCGCUCAUUGUGUUUAUGGUGUGGGGCAAGCGCAUCCGCGCCUUCAUGGCCCGGACGUGGCUGGCCAAGGUGCACCGGAGCAGCAUCCGGGAGGUGGCUACGCAUUGAUUCUGGUUACGUGGGGGCGAUAUCAAGGGGCUACGCUGAGGGUAGGUAUGGAACGCACACGAUUGUUUGAGAUAUGGAUCAAUUUCUCCAAAGCAAAACCUGAGUUGGUCCGCUGAAUAGUUGCCUAAUUGCAUAGAAUCCACGCAAUCCUGAACGCCAAAGAAAUGCUACAGGUACAUGCCGAGACUGUCGGAUGCCCCCCACCGCCGAACGCCAUGUUUAUGUAGAUGAUGGAAGAAAAGAAAUAGAAAAAAGAAAUGGGUAUCAAAGAACAGGGAAGAAGAGAAGAAAAAUACAAAAGUCAGUAUGAUCACCAGCGGUCAUAAACACUGGAACCUUGACAGUGAGGCGCCCUGCCGUGGCUGACGAGACACUGCCUCCGCUUCUCCCACUCGGCGGCCGUG